CAGCGAAACAUCUGGCUCAGGGGCAGCGUUCGCUGCCUGUUGAGAGCCUUGACAGAUGGCAAGGGAGCGCACGACUCAAACACUUCCAUCUUUAAGCAUACAGCAGUUGUCUUCCCAAAAUAGCCUUCAACUUGCGUCCUUAUAUGUGCAGGCCUUCAGGGUGUGCCUGAGGGGGCAUCGUGUAUCUAGGCCACACAAUACGGGCUGUGGGCUCAUUGUUGCUGCCUACCAGCAGGCCUACUACUGCCCCGGGGACGAGGCCUCUCUGCAUGUCCUCGGACUCCUCGCCAUGCAUCUCACUCAGCUCAACCAUGAGUGUCUCCUCCACCUUUUUUCCUUCCUGGACAAGGACAGCCGGAGGAGUUUGUCCCUCACCUGCGGCCAGCUGCGUGAGGUCUUCCUGGACCCCGGUCUCUGGAAUCUGCUCCAUUUCAGCUCCCCUUGUCAGCUCAGAAGGGACAACUUUGUGCUGGGGCCGUCACUGCGCCGCUUGAGCGUUUGCUGGUACUCCAGCAGGGUCCUGCAGGUUUGCAACAUCGAGGGCUGGUUAAAGAGCUCGUUUCAGAAGGACAUCUGCAGCAAACACGAGAGCCUGGUCAGCACGUUCCUGGCCCAAGUGUGUCACAUGUGUCCCAACCUGCUCUCGUUAACGCUGUCUGGCUGCGCGCACAUCGCUGACCAGGACGUGAUCACUUUGCUGCAGCGCUGCAAGAAGCUGCGCAGCCUCCACCUGGAGAACUGCGUCCAAAUAAGCGACAGCGUCCUGCAGGGCGUGGCGGCACAUGGAGCCUGUCUGGAGGAGGUGAAGCUGGACUUCUGCAGAAACAUCACUCAGGCGGGGCUGCGGGGCUGCAAGGACAGGAGGCCGGACAUCCAGCUGAGUGCAGAGAGGAGUGCGGAUAUGAUCCCUGAUAGCAGGCCUGAGGAAAAGGUGGUGCUCAGGAGGACUUUGCAGAAAGUCCUGAUUUUUUCCUGAGGCAUGUCUUCCGUUUGCUCAAACUGGGACUGCAACAAAGAGCAUCUCUGGUACUUGACAGGACUUGACAACGCUGCUUUUAUUAUGAUUUGUAUUUGUGAUUAACAGAGGUGUUUUAAACUUUACCGUGACAGCUUUUUAUACAGCAACUAUGGGUUAUAAUAGAACUGCUAUUAAAGGAGAUAUUAUGACCUGUUUUCAAAAGUUGAUGAUUUCCUAAGGUAAUAAAUAUCUGUGACAUGUUUCGGUCCAAAUACGGCCUGGAUGUGGUAGAAAAGCUCCUUUUUAAACCAUGUCUUUAUGGCUCUGUUCACAGGAGCUGGUUUAGGUGGUGGAAGACAUCCCUUUGUCUCCAUUAAGGUUCCUCUUACUCAGGGUGCGUCUCUUCUGAAUCAGCUUUUUAU